AUGGAACACCCAGCAUUCACUUUAUCAGGAUUAUGCGCCGUUGGAGGCAUUAUGGGAUACGCCCGUAAAGGAUCUUUACCAUCAUUAAUUGCAGGUGGUACUAUUUCUGUUUUAUACGGAACUGCAGGAUACUUGUUAAAGCAAAAUGCUGACUACGGGUUAGAAAUAGCUUUAGGUACCUCUACCACAUUGUUGGUUGCUGGUUUGGGUAGAGCUAUUCCUACUAAAUUCAAGAAGCCGCUUCCAUUAGUGUUGUUGGUCUUGGGUGGUUUAUCCACCGGGUAUUAUACUAAAAAGUACAACGAAUUUUACUAA